AUGUGCGAAAAAAUGCAGCAAGAACAACGCGAUAUUGAAACAGCCAUCGAGAUCCAGGUGGAGAGAACACAAAAGCGUAAAACAUGGAGAGAACCACGACGAAAUAUAUUCCGCCUGUUCUCAACAUAUUUGGGGUUUCUCAUAUAUGGGAUGAAUGAUAGCACUGUGGGGGCACUUCUUCCUUCUAUUGAAACCUAUUAUGGACUCAACUACACAACUGUGUCUCUGAUAUUCUUGGCUCCAGCCAUUGGAUGUGUUCUUGCUGCCUUCUCGACAAACCGUCUUCAUUCAAAGAUCGGCAGGCGCGGCGUGGGACUUUUGUCAUGUGGAUCUUAUACCAUCGCAUACGCAAUUGUUUCGUUUCAUCCGCCAUUCCCAGCGAUAUUUCUAUUGUACAUCAUUACUGGCUUCGGGAGCGGGCUGAUGAACGGGUCAUGGAAUUCAUAUGUCAGUGGAUUAACUAACUCGAGUUCAUUAUUGGGGUUCCUUCACGGCUUUUUUGGAAUAGGCGCAACAAUCAGCCCAAUUAUCGCUUCAAAGUUAGUGGCGAGUGGGAUCCCCUGGUAUAAGUAUUAUUACAUACUCACUGGCCUCAGUGCUAUGACAACUGCAAUACUCGUAACAGCGUUUUGGGAAGAAACGGGCACAGUGUACUGUCAACAGCACGCUGGUUCAUCCGGAAUAACUGGAGGACGGACUUUGAAAGUUGUCAAGAGCAAGGUAACCAUACUACUAUCAGCUUUUAUGCUGUUAUAUUUGGGAUGUGAGCUCUCAAUUGGGGGAUGGAUCGUAACAUUCAUGAUACGUGUGCGUGGCGGUGAAGAAUUUAGGUCAGGACUGGUUGCUUCGGGGUUUUGGAUUGGUUUGACGUUAGGUCGAUUUGCGCUUGGCUUUGUUUCUGGUUAA